AUGGAGAGCCAUCACCGAGCUGCUGUCGUGACUCGCUCUGACACGGGAUUUAAAUUCCACAUCCAAAAUGUCCCAAUUCCCAAACCACAACCAUGGGAAAUUCUUAUUAAACUCUCCGCGACUGGUGUUUGUGGUACAGACAUGGCUCUCGCGGGUGGUUACUUAGGCCCAUGUCGCGAUAUCCUCGGCCACGAAGGAGUAGGACGUGUCGUACAAAUUGGUUCCGGCGUAGACCCAUCCACCAUCAAAGUGGGUGAUCGUAUCGGAAUUGCUUGGGUGCGAGAUGCUUGUGGGCAAUGUUCCUGCUGUCGUGAACCCGGUGGUGAAGUCCGGUGCUUGGAUCAGCAGAACUCGGGGCGAAAGUGGGACGGCACAUUUGCUGAGCACUGUCUUGUUCCUAGUCGAUACGUAUUGACCCUUCCAGACGACCCCGAUCUACCAGAUGAGCUUGUGGCGCCUAUACUAUGUGGUGGCGUCACUGCUUACAAGGCCUUGAAGGCUUGUGAAGCUACACCGGGAGACUGGGUAGCCAUAGUCGGAGCAGGUGGUGGAGUAGGAGGUCUUGCAAUACAGUAUGCCAAGGCUAUGGGAUAUCGGGUGACAGCAGUUGACGUCGGCCCCGCAGAGGACUUUUGUAUGAAAAUGGGUGCCGAUGCCUACUUUGAUGGCUCAAGUCCUGAUACACCAGCAAAGUUGAAGAAUCUUACUCCCAAUGACGCUGGAGCGAAAGCAGUUAUCGUCACAGCAGGAUCAGGCAAGGCUUAUCAGAAUGCCAUUGAUCUUGUCGCCGUCUUUGGUACUCUCGUUUGUGUGGGGAUACCAUCUCCCGAUCAAGCGAUGAGUCUGCAUCCUCUGACUCUCAUAGAUCGAGGAAUCAAGCUCUUCGGAACGAUGGUAGGAACGAGGACUGAAACGCUUGAGGCUCUUGAGUUUGUGCGAAGAGGUGUUGUCAAGCCUAUUGUUCAGACGGUCGGUUUCAGCGAAAUCGAAGAUCUAGCGGAAAGAUUCUCAACUCUGACCCUUGCAGACAUCCGGAAAACUGGUUAUUCGGUUCUUAUGCACCUGAGCCCAUACGAACACCUACCAUAUUGGAUUGGCAAGCGCUGGAAGAUACUACCCUCAUUUACUUAG